AUGGUGCAGGACGAGGAGUCGGCGCCGGUGGAGGCCUUCUCGGUGAGCGCAGUUGCGCAGGCGAUGCCCGCGAGCAGCAGCAACAAGGAGAAGGAGAAGGAGGGGCUGCUGAACUACCUCAGCACGUGGUUGCUCUACCGCCCCUCGGCCACGGUCUUGGCCGCCAAGAACAUCCUGACCGCCAGCGAGGUCCCGCCGGCCAACCCCACCACCUCCGGGAAAGGCCGGGUGUACGGCGUGUCGCUGGAGGAAGUAAUGGAGAGGCAAAGGGAGAGCCACCCGACGCUGCAGGUCCCGCUCGUCAUCGCGCGGGCGCUGGAGGUGCUCCACAAACAAAACGGGGCCAUGUCGGAGGGAAUCUUCCGCGAGGCCGGCAGCACGAUGCAGAUGAACCAACUACGGGCCAGGUUUGAAAAAGGUGAGCCGAUCGACUUCAGUGGGGAGAAGAACAUCAACAACGUGGCCAACCUCCUCAAGGCCUUCCUGCGCGAACUGCCCGAGCCCCUGCUCACCGGCCAGCUCUACGACCAGUGGGUCGCGGUCUGCCAGCAGCAGGGCGACGACGCCGACAGCGCCGACGCGGUGCUGUGGGGCAUCAAGGACACGCUUCAGCUUCUGCCACCCGUCAACCGGGCCACCCUGCGGCGGCUGGUCGAGUACUGGGCGCUGGUCCUCCAGUACGAACACAUCAACCGCAUGAACAUCGCGGCGGUGGCAACGGUGGUCGGACCCACGCUGCUGUUCAAGGCGGGCGAGCCGAUGGCCAACAUCGACAUCAUCCACCUGGUCAACCGCCUCACGUCGCUGCUCAUCCUGCACCACGCCUGGCUCUUCGACGCCGAGCCCGCCGAGUCCGAUGAGCACCACGCAGAAGCGUACGGAGAAGCCGGCGAAAGCGGGCAUCAGACGACCACGACAGCAGCAGAAGAGGAGGAGGAGGAGGAAGAAGAAUACGAAGAAGAAGAAGCCAGCCUGUACCCGUUCGACGAGGAGGACAACUACACCAACACGAGGUUCAAUGCCGAGGGCGUGCUGAUCGGCGGGACCCUGAUCAAGCUGGUGGAGCGCCUCACGGGCGACCAAGGCCACGACCCGUUCUUCGUUCAGUCGUUCCUGCUCACGCUCCACUCCUUCUCCUCGCCCGACGAGCUCAUCGACCUCCUCGUGCGCCGGUAUGCGAUUCCGGUGCGGCUGCGGAAGGGCCGGUCGAGGGAGGACUGGGAGCUGUACCGGCUCACGGUGCGGAGCAAGAUCUGGUUCGUGGUCAAGACCUGGGUGGAGAGCUACUGGUACGACUUCGAGGGUCUCGACGCGCGGCAGAUGCGCCUCACCCAGUUCCUCACCGACAAGCUCGCCACCGACCCCCACUUCACCAAGCCCGCACACAAACUCCUCUACAUGAUAUCACGCAAGGCGACGGGCCAGGAGUUGUCGAUGGUGCCGGUGGGCGACGUGCCGAAGCCCAUCAAGCCGCCCGUGCUCCUGAAGGACUUCACCGACCUCCACCCGGCCGAGCUGGCGCGCCAGAUGGCCCUCGCCGAGUUCGGCUUCUACCGCAAGAUCCAGCCCACCGAGUGCCUCGAUCUCAGGUGGAGCAAGCAACAGGAGAGCGCGCCGAACGUGCUGGAGCUGAUCCGGCGGUUCAACCUGAUGAGCGCGAGCGUGGCGAUGCGCAUCCUGCGGGAGAAGGAGCUGGCGCAGCGGGUGCGGGUGAUGAACUUCUUCAUCAACGUCGCCGUCGAGUGCCAGAAGGUGCAGAACUUCAACGGCAUGGUGGAGAUCAGGGCCAGGGCGGUGUACGAGGACUUUGCCGCCUUCACGAACGCCAACUACCGGGUCUACCGUGAGACCGUCAAAUGUGCCGAGCCUCCCUGUCUCCCCUACCUCGGAAUUUACCUGAGCGACCUCACGUUCAUCGAGGAGGGCAACGCCAACGAGUUCGCCGUGGAGGGGUACGAGGGCCAUGACGCCCCUGUCAUCAUCAACUUUGAGAAGCGGAGGCGCGUCGCGGUGGCCAUCGUGGACCUCAUCAACUUCCAGCGGAAGCCCUUCGCCUUCGAGCCGCUGCCCAAGGUGCGCGACUUCCUCGAGACCACGCUCACCGCCGCCGAGCGCGAGCUGGGGCCGAGCGGCGGCGGCAGCACCCGCAGCCGCGAGGCCGACGACCGGCUCUACCAGCUGUCCCUCGAGUGCGAACCGCGCAGCCUCGUCGCCAGCGUGCGCGGGCCACCCUCCACCACCACCUCCUCCUCUGGCGGCCCCGCCACCCUCUUCUCCUCCUCUUCCUUCUCCUCCACCAUCCGCGGCUUCUUCGGCGGCGACAGCAGCAGCAGCUAG